GAAUUGAGUGAAUGUAUUGAAUGUGUGUUUUCAUUGAAACCUAUUGUCAGUUGAAAUGAAUGAACGAUUGGUUUCGCAAAACCAUUGAAUGAGUCAAUCAAUCGGUUAUUAAGUUUGCCGUCAAUUGUCUGUCGGUUUGUGUCUAAACUUGUGGUCACUUCGUGUGUCUAUAAGUGGUGACAAUCACUCGUUUCAUAUAUAUAUAUCAUAUAUACUGUCUGUGAGUGAGUGAUUGACACAAAGUAAUGGCCAAACGAAAGAAGAGUUCGUCCGACAGUUCCGACGACGACGUGAAGGACAUAAAGCCUAGUCGUGUGGCGUCAAGUGAUUCGUCUUCGAGUUCUGAUGAAGACGACGGAGAUUGGAACGCAAAGAAGUCCAGUAAAGCUAAGACUAAGAAGUCUAGAGUCGUUAAAAAGAAACAAAUUGAAGACGACAUUGAAAAAGAAGACGGAGAAGUAGAUGACGAUGAAGAUGAAGAAGAUAUUGAAGAGUUUAAUGAUGGCUACGAUGAGAAUCUAAUGGGUGAUGAUGAUGACCAGAAACGACUAGCAAUGAUGACAGAGAAGGAGAGGGAACAAGAAUUGUUCAAUAGAUCCGAAAAGAGAGAGGUUUUGAAGACACGGUUUGAGAUCGAAAAGAAGUUACGAAUGGCGAAGAAAAAAGAAAUGAAUAAAUCACAAACUGAUGUAUCGGUGAGGAGUACAGAGAGACGACGCAAUAUGGAGGACAAGAAGAAAGUCAAAGACGCCAUCAAAGAUCUCAAGUCUAUCAGAGAAAAGAAAAAAGAAAAACUUCAGAAACAGCAAAGACUGCGUGCGGCGGAUGUAUAUUCUUCUGAUUCAGAUUCUGACGAAGACAAGAACGCUGAAAGAAAGUCUUCAUCGUCUUCUUCCUCUUCGUCAUCCGAUUCUUCGAGUGAUUCAGAAGACGAUAAGAAGAAGCGAAACGACGACAAUAAGAAAGACUCAGAUGAUUGGGACGACAGAAACAGUGAUCGCGAAGAUGAAGCUGAGUCGUGGCAACUGACGUGUGAACACUUAAAUGAAAUACGUCUAUCGAGACAUAAAAUGGAGUUAUGGUGUCACUCGCCGUUCUUUAACACAACAAUUAUCGGUUGUUUUGUGCGAAUUGGAAUCGGUUUGGAUCCGACCAACAAAAAGAACCGCUAUGUGGUCGCACAGAUUUCAGAUGUCGUAGAAACGGCCAAAGUUUACAAUUUGGGUCAAACACGUACUAACCGAGGUAUCAAAUUAAAGCACGCGCGACAAACCGAAAAGGUUUACCGAUUGGAAUACGUGUCGGACAGUGCUUACGAACAGAAAGAGUUUGACCAAUGGUUAGAAAAUAUGAAUAGAGACAGAUGUGACAUCAUUUCCAAAGAGUUUUACGAACGCAAGAAACGUGACAUUACUAAUGCAUUCAACUAUCGGUUGAACGACGCAGAGAUUGAUGCCAUUGUCGAUGAAAAACGUAAAUUUAAUAUAAAACCUGUUAAUUAUGCGAUGAGAAAGAAUCAAUUGAUGCGAGAAAAGGAAUUGGCAGAUCUUAAUGGAGAUCACGAAAAGGUUGAACGACUUCUUCAAGAGAUUGAUGAUAUCGAGUCCGAAGCUAAGACACUGGACAAGAAACGGACGCAAAAUAUAGCGGCCAUUUCAUACAUUAACGAACGAAAUCGUAUGCGCAAUAUCUUAGAGGCCGAGAAGGCUUUGACUGAACAAAGUGCUGCUCAGAAGGCCUCACAAAAGGACGACCCCUUCACGAGACGCAAAUGUACGCCAACUAUGAUUCAUAUGUUCAACAAAAAUAAAUUAAGCAAUUCGUCAAACAAAUUGGACAGCAAUUUAUUAGCAGUGGAUGAAUCUAAAGAAGAACCUAAAGAUGACACAAAAAGUGAAGAUGAAGUCAAUGGUAGCAAAGAUUUUGUGACAAUCGAUACCAAUGUCGACACCAAUUUGCUGCAAAAGACAUCGGCACUGAUCGCUGAUAAGCCUCCGCUAUCACCCGGACAUCACAACGAUCUGUUUGCUGCACAUAAUUUCGAUAUCAAAAUAGACUUUGACGUUGAUAUAGGAAUACCGGCGCCGUCUUCGGGCAAUAGCUUAACAAAUAAUAAUAAUAGUUUGUCGACAAUAGGGUGUCCACUCAACACUCCAAAGAUACCGAAUCGACGAUCACUUAAUUUAGACGAAUAUAAAAAGAAAAAGGGACUCAUCUAAUGAUGACUUAAAUUGACAUUUAAUUGAUACAUAUUUUAUGCAUUGAAUUGGAAGUAGUCUUAUAUGACAAACAAAGUAUAUAUUUUAGUGUAUUUUUCGUUUCAAUUUAUGGUUUAUCUCAUAAAAUAUGUUUUAUUUUGUUUCCCAUUAUAAUUAACGUAA